CUAUCUGCAGCGAGACGAGACCCGUGCAGACUACCCGGUUAGCCCGCUGGUAGGCCACGCGGCCGACUUCACCUACGACGGAUUUGCCAUAGUCAGCUUUGCAAGCAGAGAGGCCUUUCAGGAGUUUCUGCCGGUUAUGACCAGUCCGGAGGUAUUGGAGGACGAAGGGCGGUUCACGGAUCGAGAUAAGAUGAAGGCCGUUGUGCUCGGGGAUAUUAGGGCUACGGCUUAGCAGAGAUAUAGCUCGGAAUUGUUCUUAAGAUCACUCCCAGUCAUCACAGUCCCGUGCAAUUAGCUUUCAAAUUCAAAUAUCCAAGAUGUCGUCCGGCGUGCUCUAUACUCGUCCCUUCAACCCACGAUCCCUGGCAAUCCUCGCUGUGGCCAAAGCCAACGGUCUCCCCCUCGAGGUCAAAACCAUCACCUCGUCCAAGGAGGCUCCUGAAGAGUAUCUCAGACUAAGCCCUUUAGGCAAAAUUCCUACUUUUGUUGGGAAUGAUGGCUUCGUGCUGACAGAGUCCAUCGCCAUCGCUAUCUACGUGACCUCCCAGAACCAAGAUACCACGCUCCUCGGCGCCUCAAAGAAGGACUACAGUUCAAUCCUCCGCUGGAUGGCCUUUGGGAUUACCGAAAUCCUCCCCGCAUUGGGAAGCUGGUUCAAUCCGCUGAUCGGACGGGCGCCGUUUAACCCAGACGCCAUCCAGAGAAGCAAGGAGGACACAUUGUUCCGGAUGCAGAUGCUAGACAACCAUCUGCGCGACCGCAGGUAUCUGGUCGGGGAUACUCUCACCUUGGCCGACCUGUUUGUUGUUGGCAUUGUUCAAGGCGCAUUUCGCUUCUUUCUUGACCCGGCCUGGCGCUCGGAGCAUCCCGGCGUUUCGGGGUGGUUUGAACGGGUCCAUUCGCUGCCUAUUGUCAUGGAUGUAUCGGGGCCUGCUGCCCUGGCUGAAGCUGAAAUGCCGAUUGCACCUCCUAGGUGGAGAAAUGAGGAUAGCGCAUAGUUCGAUGUAUCUAGCGGUGGACGUACGUACAUCAAGAAAAGUCUGCCGAGAUCUCGUUUAAGAUAAUCUAUCGAAAUGCGCCUCCAUCGACGCCGAUGAUUUUCCCACUAACCCAUUCUGCUGCGUCCGAUGCCAGGAAGCUGACCACUCGGGCUACAUCGUCCGGCAGACCGACUCGGUUCAAAGGCGACAACCACGCAGCACACUAACUAUUAGCAAAUACACCACUAAUCGAAGGCAGACUGCAUACCUCAUCGACCUGCUCAUCGGUAAAGCUCUCGCCGUUCGGA